UUUUGUUUCUAAGCUAUUUUUAAUACUUGGUGCAGGGGGAGCAUUGGGUUGGAGGAAUUAAUAUAGGGUUCUUUCCUGCAUUAUUUAGUUUCCCUUGAGGACAGCAACGAUGAAACGCGUUCGGAACUCCCUUGCAAUAUUGGAAAUUAUUCUGCAGUAUUUAUUUAAAAAAUCAUCUUUUGUGCACCCGUUGGCUUUGGCUUGUUUCUUUUUGUUUUAUUUCUACAUCUUUGGUGUGAGCCUCUUGUUUUUUCCUGAUUCUCUUUUUAAAGACUGCAGAGAGAAGCCUUAAUCCUUUGCAUCCCAUCACUUUAUUUCAAGCCGCUUGCCAUAUUUGGAUGCCCUCGGAGGGUUAGCAGGAACUUUCCAUCUGGUGAUCUUGGGCUCCCGUCCUUCAGACCAGGGGGCGGCAAGCAAAGGUCCAACCCAGCAAGUGCCAGCCCCAGUUCUAACGAAAUUAGUUUGGCAGUCAUGAAAACAUAGAAGCACCAGGGAGGGACAGCAGAAGUGGAGAUACGGAGAAGAAUGGCAGCGAGCCAAGGAAAAUGCCUGAGGGAUAUGCCAGCACAUCUGGUACCUAGUAUAUGUGCAACAGAAUGCUGCAGCCCACCCUGGAUCCCCCUGAAGAAGGGGAAAUCCUUAAGGCAAAGUCUUAAAGAACAUGGGCUGCUGGAAAAAUAUCUGGAGAAACAUCCUUACAACUUGGGCUCAAAAUACUUCCCCAGCCAAGCCAACACAGAUGCCGCUGAGCCCUUGGAGAAUUACAUGGAUAUUGAGUACAUUGGCACCAUCUACAUUGGUACUCCAGCACAACAAUUCACAGUCCUCUUUGACACUGGCUCAUCCAACUUGUGGGUUCCUUCUGUGUACUGCUCCAGUGAAGCCUGCUCAAACCACAACCGCUUCAACCCCCAAGACUCCUCCACCUACCAGGCCACCAGCCAGAGUGUCUCUGUCACAUAUGGCACUGGGAGCAUGACUGGAAUCCUAGCCUAUGACACUGUCCAGGUGGGAAGUAUUGAGGUCACCAACCAGAUCUUUGGCCUGAGUGAGACCGAGCCCGGUACUUUCCUUUAUUAUUCCCCCUUCGAUGGCAUCUUGGGUCUGGCUUAUCCCAGCAUUUCUGCCUCUGGUGCAACUCCUGUCUUUGACAACAUGAUGAGUGAGGGUCUGGUGUCUCAGGAUCUCUUUUCCGUCUAUCUGAGUUCCGAUGAUCAGAGUGGAAGCUUUGUGAUGUUUGGUGGCUUCGACGACUCCUAUUCUGGGAGCCUCAACUGGGUGCCUCUCUCUUCUGAGUCCUACUGGCAGAUCACUGUGGACAGCAUCACUAUGAAUGGCCAGGCUAUUGCUUGUUCUGACGGCUGCCAAGCUAUUGUUGACACUGGCACCUCCCUCUUGGCUGGUCCUCCUCAAGGCAUUGCUAAUGUUCAAUCUUACAUUGGUGCAAGCUCCAAUGGUGAGAUCAGCUGCAGUUCCAUGAGCAGCCUGCCUGCCAUUGUUUUCACCAUCAAUGGCAUUGAGUUCCCUGUGCCUGCCAGUGCCUACAUAAGCGAGAGUCAAAGUGGCUAUUGCACAAGUGACUUUGAGUCCAUCAGCAUUCCCACUCAAUCUGGUGAGCUAUGGAUCCUUGGAGAUGUCUUCAUCCGCCAGUACUACUGUGUGUUUGACAGAGCAAACAACCAGAUUGGCCUGGCCUCCAUGGCAUGAACAUGACAUCAAUUGGCAAAAUGAUUCCCUAAAUAUAAUCUUUACUUCUUGGGACUAAAUUUAGUCACUAUGCUCCUUCCCCACAAGCUGUAACAUUAAUAACAGUAGAAUAAACGAAUA